CGCCAUUUAUCAGCUAUCACGCUUCUCGUCACCGAUGCUUUGAAACCCACGACGGCACGACUUCCGCAAUCUCUUCUUCUUCUUCUUCUUCUGGGUUAUGAUCAAAUGGACUCCUCAUCAAACCCUAGCAUCCCCGACGAGGACGAGGAAGUCCGUCCAUUCCUCGACGCACCAGACGAAUUUUAUUACGAUUGCUUGCCGCAGAUCCGUCAGCAUUCGUCUCUCUCGGGUAAUACCUCCGCCGCGAGUCUCCGGCGCAGAAGGUCAGCAACUCGCCGGAAUCCGAUAUCUUCCGAUGUAGGAACGGAGCCGUCUUCUUCCUCCUCCAAUGGAUUUGAAAUCGGUGAGAAAUCGAGCUAUGUGGAAAAAAGCGACGGGCUUAAGGAGGAUUUCGAAGUAAUCGAGAAAGAAAGCGACGUAAUUGAAUCAAGCGAUGGCCUAAUUGAAGUAUCCGCAGAAAAAGAAAACGACAUGGUUGUGAUUGUAGACAUGGAUGUAACUGAUUCGGGUCGGGACCGGGUUGACCCGUUUCAGGAAGGGAAUAGCUCGAGCGGAGAGAAAACCGAAGAAUCAACGGUGUCCACCGUGAUUGAUGAUCGAGAAGACGACUACGCGGGACCAGCAACGCAGCUCCUAGAACCAAAUUCGACAGAUUGGUCUCUCCUUGGGUUUUUGGCUGGGCUAGUGUUCAAAGCAAUCGAAUUUCAAGUCAGUUUGAUGAUUAGCUUUCUCAAGUUUCCUCCAUGGCUACUCAAUUGGUGCUUUCUCUUCUUUUUUGAUCCUUUUAGCACAUUUAGGCUUGGCAAACGCUUUUUAACGACAGGAGUUGCAGAGAUUAGUGAUAUGAUUCUGGGAACGUUUAAGCUGAGUUGGUUAAAAGACACCAAACGAAUGUUGAAUAUUGCGUGCAAGUUUGGAUCUGGUUUGUUCUGGGCUGUUUAUGUAGGCAUUGUGUUGUUUGGCUUGCUGAUAUUGGCGCUUAUGCUUGGUGGUUUUAUGAUAAACCGUGUAGCCGAUAAACCAUACGUAGUCAAGGAGAUUUUGAAUUUCGAUUACACCAAGAAUAGUCCAGAAGCAUAUGUGCCCAUAACCUCGUGUGCUGGUGUUGCUUGUGAUGGAAGCUGCAUAGAAAGUAAUGAGAUGUUGAAGAUCAGGGCAUUGCGAGCUAUUCCUCGAGACCACAAGUUAGAGAUCACUCUUUCGAUGACGUUACCUGAGUCUGCCUACAAUAAAAAUCUCGGCAUGUUUCAGGUUCGGGUGGAUUUCUUAUCUGCGGAUGGUCAAACGCAAGCUAGUAUAAGGCGUCCUUGCAUGUUAAGAUUCAGGAGCGAGCCUAUCCGUCUUGUUCAGACAUUCUUCAAAGUGGUUCCGUUAGUGACCGGAUAUGUCUCUGAGAUCCAAACCUUGAGUUUGAAGCUGAAAGGCUUUGCUGAAAAGGACAUUCCCACUGCUUGUUUAAAGAUAAUGAUCGAGCAACGAGCGGAGUUUCGACCAGGAGCAGGUAUUCCAGAGCUGUACGACGCGUCCUUAUCGCUUGAAUCGGAUCUUCCUUUCUUCAAAAAAGUUAUUUGGAAAUGGAGGAAAACUUUGUUCGUCUGGAUCAGCAUGAGUCUGUUCAUUACGGAAUUGGUUUUCGCUUUGGUUUGUUGCAGACCUCUGAUCAUCCCAAGAACACGACGCAGAGACAGAUCGCCUUCAAAUCCGACCGGAAGUAGAUGAUGAAUCAAUAGUUGCUGUACAUCAUGUUUUCUUAACACUCUCAAACGGUAUUUUUCACUUCCUGUUAAUUUUAGCUCCUAAAAGUUCUUUGAUUUAAUUGUAAAUUUUAUGCCUACAUAACUAAAAUCUUAUAUAUAUGUUGUUUAGAAUAAAGAUUGUUU